GGGCCUGGAGGGGGACCCUGGAAAAUGAUAAUUUCUCAGCAGUUUUCAGAAAUUUGUACAUUCUUACAGCUUCAAGUUCAAGUAAUCAAUAGAAAAAGUUUGAAACAAUCAAACUUUAAUCUAAGUCAACUGAAGCUGUUUUAGGUGGGUAACAAGAAAUCAGGAACUAUAUAGAAAAAUGGAGUUUAGGUCCAAUGCUAAUUGCUUCUAUACUCUUUUCAUUACAUCAUAUUCAAGAUUCUAAAAGACUUCCAAGGGACCCUUUACCAUAAUCUAUCAAUCUUUUCUUGUUUUGCUCAUGUAUGAACACCAAAAGCUACAAAAAGAUAAGCGCCACUUUUCUGUUUUAAUAGUGACAAUCACUAGCUCAUGAUAACUAACCUGUUCAUGAUGCUUUCCAUCAAAAGUGCUUGUUCAUUGGCUUAUUUAGUCCUCCUCCUUUUAUGGAAUGUGGGAGCUGCUUCAGCAGCAGCAACAGGAGAUGGAAGUAAUCAAACUGCUGCACCAACUUAUACUUCUGUCCACAUUGGUCUGAUUCUUGAUUCCGCAUCCCAUAUGGAUGCUAUGGUGGAUUCAUGUAUUUCAAUGGCGAUCUCGGAUUUUUAUAUAGCGCAUCCGGAUUAUCAAACGAGAUUGAUUCGACACCGAAAAGAUGCUCAGGAGGAACUAGAAGUAGCAUCUGCUGCCAUUGAACUGAUGAAGAAUGAAGAAGUGCAUAGCAUUUUAGGCCCACAAAUGUUCACACAAAAUAAGUUUGUUGCAGAACUUGGUGGAAAAGCUCAUGUACCUGUUGUAUCUUUUACUGCCAGAAGCCAGUCGGUUUCUUAUCAGCAAAGCCCUUACGUUGUCCGGACUACUCCUGAUGACUCAAACCAAGCCAGAGCUCUUUCAUCUAUUUGCAAGGGAUUUGGUUGGCUUGCAGCUGUGAUUCUGUAUGAAGACAGUGACUAUGGUAGCCAAUUUCUUGGAAAGCUAACAAAGGUGUUCCAAGAUGAUGAGAUUCAGCUAGCAUACACGGCCCCCAUCUCGACCGCAGCUGAAGACCGGCACAUCAUGAAAGAGCUGAAAAAGCUUGUCACUUUACAAACUAGGGUGUUUCUUGUGCAUAUGAAUGCUAACCUUGGAUCUAGGUUGUUUCGGCUAGCCAAAGUAGCCGGAAUGAUCAGUGAAGGGUAUGCGUGGCUUAUCACGGACAGUAUAGGCAGCUUCAUGAGUUCUGUAGAUGAUGCUAGUGAUUCUAUGGAAGGUGUCAUAGGUUUAAGGCCUUAUGUUCCUAAGUCACAGAAUCUUGACAAUUUCAGAGUCAGGUGGAAAAAGAAUAUGCUUCUGAUGAAUCCAGACAGUGCAAAAAAUCCAGCAGCAGAGCUGAAUGUGUAUGGUUUAUGGGCAUAUGAUACAGUUUGGGCACUGGCAAUGGCUGCAGAAAAGAUUAGACCUGUGAAUCCAAGCUUCUUUAAGGCGAAUGAUGAGAACAAGAAUGGGAGUGAUAUUUCUAACUUGGGACACUCGCAAUUAGGUCCAAAACUUCUGAAUGAACUACAGAACAUAUCAUUGGAGGGGCUUGCUGGAGAGUUCCGCAUGAUCAAUGGUCAGUUAGCAACUUCAGCGCUUGAGAUAUUCAAUGUUUUUGAAACAGGAGAAAGACCAAUUGGUUACUGGACCCCUGAUAGAGGCAUUAUGCGAACAUUAUCUGCAAAAGGUAAACCAACAUAUUCAACUUCUACUAAUGAGUUGAAGAGCAUUUUGUGGCCUGGAGAUUCAACAAAGAAGCCAAAAGGAUGGGCCAUUCCUCCAACUGGAAUUUUAAAGAUAGGAGUUCCUAAGAAAUAUGGUUUUAUGGAAUUUGUCAAUGUUUCAAACGAUCCUCAGACAAAUAAGACUAAAGUUACUGGUUUCUCGAUCGCUAUAUUCUGUUCUGUAUUACAGCAGCUACCUUUCCAAAUUGAUUAUGAAUUCAUUCCUUUUGUAAAUAAAAGCGAAUUCAGUAACGGAUCAUACAAUGACCUUCUGUAUGGAAUUCCAAACAAGACUUUUGAUAUGGUUGUUGGAGACACCACGAUCUUAGCUGAUCGAGCAAAAUAUGUAGAUUUCACCCUGCCUUAUUCUGAAACCGGAACUGUCAUGGUGGUCAAAAACAGGAAAGGAAGAGAUAUUUGGAUCUUUGUUAAACCUUUUAGGUGGGAUCUUUGGCUACUGAUAUUUUCUACCUGCAUAUUUAUCAGCAUUGUCCUUCGAAUACUGGAGCAUCGAGCAAACAGCAGUUUGGAUGCUUCUGUCCCUAAGAGACGCAAACUUGGUUUGUCCUUUCCAAUUGCAUCUCUAGCUUUUCCUGAGAGUAAGUUGUUGUUCUUGCUUCCUAAUCAUUAUUGCGAAAAGCCAUGUUCUGCAUAUUAUUAUAUCGCUUUGGUUGAACUGUCAAUCAUUUACUUAUUAUAUGUUCCAUCCAUGCUAAAGAAUAAAGAUUAGUUACUGGCAACUAAGGACAUUGGAUUCUAACAAUACAGUUCCAUCUGCUUUUGACAGGAGACCUGAUGGCCAACAAAUGGUCGCGGUUUGUCAUGGUUAUAUGGUUGCUAAUGUCUUUCAUCGUUAUGCAAAGCUAUACUGCAAAUUUAUCUGCAAUGCUUACAGUGGAUCAGUUAGACUUCAGGUUCUCAAAUGAUGAUUACAUUGGCGUUCAAAUGGAUACCUUUGUAAAGGAUUUUGUGAUAAAACGUCUUAAUAUCGCCCCCUCAAGGAUCAGGGAAUAUGGAACUAUUGAGGAUUAUCACGAUGCCAUGACUAAAGGUAGCCGAAAUGGAGGAAUUGAUGCUAUCUUUGAUGAAAUCCCUUACAUGAAGCUGUUUCUUGAUCGGUACAGUUCUGAGUAUAAAAUAGUUGGACCUUCAUACAGGACAGAUGGAUUUGGCUUUGUAAGUUCUCUCUUCCUCUAAUCUCUUUGUGUCUAGCAGAUAAAGAAAAACUAUGCAGCUAACAGCAACUUCAUGAUGUUAUUCCUGUCUGAUACAACAGUCUAAAACUUGAUCGGCGAUGUAAUCAAAACAGGAUAUAAAUGCUAGCCAUUUUGAAACAUGAAAAAAGAUUCAUGUUGUGACAAUAGUUUAAAUCAUCUACUCCACUCGAAAUGGUGUUACAUUAUAGUUUCUUCUACUUUUUUUUUUUCUGAGACAUGUUCUGAAGUGAACUUUAACUAUCAACUGUCAUGCAUUUCACAGGCAUUCCCUUUGAAUUCUUCACUGGUGGUUCAUUUCUCAAGGGCAAUCCUAGCGGUGACAGAAAGCGAAAACAUGACUGCACUUCAGCAACAGUACUUAGGGUCUAAGUUAAGUUCAUCUAGUGAUACUCAAAUCAAUUCAAUCAGCUCAGAGAGCCCCAAAUUAACAGCUUACGACUUUGGAGGACUUUUCAUCAUAAUAGGCUCUGCGAUGAUCUUUGCACUGUUCUGUUCGGAGACUUCAGUUGGCCGAAGACUCACAAAUGUAGUUGCAUAUUACAGUCAGAAAUCUUUCUUUUUCCUGUCAUUCAGAAGGAAUGAUGACUUAAGGGUUAACUCGAUCGUCCAUCCUGAAGACGAAAAUGGAGAUUUAUCUCAUGAUAAUGAAGUUCAAGGGGCCGAGAAUGAGAUUGAUGAUCAGCAGGGAAAUCCUACUAAUGAAGUACAACUAUCUGAGGUUGGGAACACCAGUGCUACAGAAGGACCAACCAGUCAGUGAAUGUAGAAUUGUAGAUUCUAAUGAAAAUACCUAAAGCUAGAAGAUGUUGAGGGUAUUAAUCUGGAUGUGAAAAAUUGAUACUCUACGUCCAAAAAUGGAACAAUAAUUUUGGGACGAAAAGAGCAUUAGAUUUAGCUAUAACGCACAAAGAGCACGAUUUCUCUUGUACUAUGUGUAUUUAUUAAUCUAUAAUAAUGUACAGUUGCAUUAUUGCUAGUAUUUAUGGUCACAACUCUCAACUUGUACAUUUGUUAAUGUAAAAAAAAGGGACAAACUUAACCAUUGCAAGCAUUUAGAUCAUAUUUUUGUACCUUUU